GGGUGAGGUGACCAUUCAGAUGUCAUGAGCAGCACACAAGGAGACUGAAACACAGCAUGCAGUACACAAGGCAAUAUAAUGACUACACACACCUGGCAAGUGUUGGCCAUCUACAUGGUCUUAGCUGCAAACCUCUCCCAGCAGCAAGUGCUGAAGCAGGCUUGUCCUUCAUGCGAUGCCAGCCAAGUUUGCAACUGCUCCUCCAUGGGCUUGGACUUCAUUCCCCCGGGACUGACAGCCAAAAUCACAGUGUUAAACCUAGCCCACAACAGGAUCCAGCGCAUCCAAUCCCAGGACCUGCAGCAGGCUGUGAACCUGAGAGCACUGCUGCUGCAGUCCAACAAAAUCAGCUCCAUAGACGAGGACUCCUUUCAGUCCCUGACAAAACUGGAGCUCUUGGACUUGUCAAAUAACAGCUUGGCUCACUUGUCCCCUCUGUGGUUUGGGCACCUUUUUUCACUGCAGCACCUCCACCUUCAAGGCAAUUCCUACAGAGACCUGGGGCAGAGCUCCCCCUUUUCUAGCCUGAAGAACCUGAGCUCUCUGCACCUGGGCAACCCGCGGUUCUCUGUGAUAAGGCAAGGAAACUUUGAGGGCAUUGAGCUUCUGCACAGGCUGUGGAUUGAUGGCAGCAAUCUCCGUCAGUACGAGCAGGGGAGCUUGAAAUCAAUUAAGGCGAUAAAUCAUAUGAUCACAAACAUAAGAAGUAUUAAUGUAUUUUCAGAAAUUGUUAGGGACAUUCUGCACUCUGUCUCUUGGUUGGAAGUGAGAAGAAUAGCGUUCAGUAUUGCUGCAGAAAUGCAAGUAUUGAGAGUCAUGUCUUCAUGUUUUGCAAAGAAAAUUUCUUUUAGACAGACCUUACUAACAGAUGCUACCAUUCCUGAGAUUGCCAGCAUUUUAGAAGACAUGCCAAAAUUAGUGGAGCUGGAGCUGGUAGACUGUAGACUCUUGGGAACUGGACAAUGGAAAAUGCAAAUUCAAACAAAUCAAUCACAGACACUUAGAGUUUUAACAAUAAAGAAUUUAUCUAUAGAAGAAUUUUACUUGUUUACAGAUCUUCAGUCUGUGGAAGGUCUACUAUCUCCUUUUACGAGAGUCACUGUUCAAAACACCAAGGUUUUUUUGGUACCGUGCAGAAUUUCCCAACAUCUUCGGUCAUUAGAAUAUCUAGACCUUAGUGCAAAUUUGCUUGGAGACCAGAGUUUAGAACAUUCUUCCUGUCAGGGUGCUUGGCCAUUAUUACAAACUCUUAAUCUAAGUCAGAAUUCACUGAGUGACUUAGAAACUACAAGUAAAAGUUUGUCUCAUCUAGGAAACCUAAUUGUUUUAGACAUUAGCCAAAAUAAUUUUGGUGAGAUUCCAGAUGCAUGUGUAUGGCCAAAACCCCUGAAAUAUUUAAACCUCUCCAGCACUCAAAUUCAUAAAGUAACAUACUGCAUUCCUCGAACGCUGGAAGUUUUGGAUGUUAGUGGGAACAACCUGAAGGAGUUUGGACUGCAGCUCCUAUUUCUGAAAGAGCUGUACCUGACAAGAAACCAGCUGAAGACCCUGCCAGGUGCAGCACCCAUUCCAAACUUAGUGUCCUUGUCCGUCAGAAGAAACAAGCUGAGCAGUUUCUCCAAGGAGGAGUUUGAGUCGUUCAGGAGAAUGGAGCUGCUGGAUGCCAGUGACAACAACUUCAUCUGCUCGUGUGAGUUCCUCUCCUUCAUCCAGCACGAGGCCAGGAUAGCGCAGGUGCUGGUGGGCUGGCCGGACAAGUACGUGUGUGACUCUCCGCUGGCGGUGCGAGGGGCGCAGGUUGGCGCCGUGCGCCUCUCCCUGCUGGAGUGCCACAGGUCUCUGGUGGUGUCGUUGAUCUGCGUCCUGGUGUUCCUGGUGAUCCUGCUGCUGGUGGCCGUGGGCUACAAGUACCACGUGGUCUGGUACCUGCGGAUGACGUGGGCGUGGCUGCAGGCCAAGCGGAAGCCCAAGCGCGCCCCGCCGAAGGACGUGUGCUACGACGCUUUUGUCUCCUACAGCGAGAACGACUCCGAGUGGGUGGAGAACACCAUGGUGCGGGAGCUGGAGCAGGCCUGCCCUCCCUUCCGGCUGUGCCUGCACAAGCGGGACUUUGUGCCUGGCAAGUGGAUUGUGGACAACAUCAUCGACUCCAUUGAGAAGAGCCACAAGACGCUCUUUGUGCUGUCUGAGCACUUUGUGCAGAGCGAGUGGUGCAAGUACGAGCUGGACUUCUCGCACUUCCGCCUCUUUGAUGAGAACAACGAUGCGGCGAUCCUCGUCCUCCUGGAGCCCAUCCAGAGCAAAGCCAUUCCCAAGAGGUUCUGCAAGCUGCGCAAGAUCAUGAACACAAAGACUUACCUGGAGUGGCCCGCUGGUGAAGAGCAGCAGCAAGUGUUUUGGUUUAAUUUGAAAACAGCUCUAAGAUCCUAGACGGGGACAUUAAGGAAUAAAUAUGCAGUUAAUAUACUCUGUAUUUGUUUCACUUGCUUGUUUGUCCCAUCUCUUAUCUGCAUCUCAAGAUAAGAGAGCUGGGCUACUGCCAAUUCUAACACUUGAUAUUCUAACACUUGAGAUUAUUAAUUUUUUAGUCAUUGUUCUGAGUAGUUGUACAGGUUUGGGUGGAAUAGAGUUAAUUUUCUUUGUAGCUCCUGUGGUGCUGUGGAUUGUAUUUUUGUCCAAAACUGUCUCCAAAACACAAGGGCUUUUUAGUUAUUGCUCAACAGUGUUUGCAUAGCAUCAAGGUGUUUUCUGUUUCUGCAAGCAGGCAGGGCAUGCAUUGUAAUUUGGGAGGGGACACCGCUAGGACAGCUGAUCCCAGGUGACCAAAAGGAUGUCCCGUACAUAAUGUGACCAAUGACAACAUAAUCAGCACUAAAAGUUGUGUGGAAGAAAGAGCAAGGGAGGAAGUUUGACAUUACCAUAUUUGCCUUCCCAAGUAAUAGUUCUACGUCAUGGAGUCCUGCUUUCAUGGUAAUGGCUAAAUAUUUGCCUGUUGAUGGGAAGCAGUGAAUUAAUUCCUUCUUGUGCUUUGCUUGGAGCACAGAUUUUACUUUACCUAUUGAACUGCUUUAAUCUGAACUUCCAUGUUUUCUCACUUCUACUGUUCAGAUUUUCUCCCCUGUUCCACUGAGGGGAGAGUGAGAGAGUAGAUGUGUGAUGCUGAGCUGCCUUCUGAGCUUAAACAGCAAUAGUUAUCUACACAUGUUAAUCAGCACUAUGAGCAAAAGCAGUUUCAUUUAAAUAUCUAAUGAUGAAAAGUUGUUUAAGAUAUGCAGCUUUGUAGUUUAUGUGUCUGCAUCUUUGCAGAAGUUUCAGGUGAGAACCUGCCUAGCCAAGAGAUUUUCUGCAUUCUUUGUGUAAAGCACUUCUCAUCAAAUGCUAUAAAAGUCAGUUUAUGCAGCAAAAAAAUUUGUCCUAGCUCUCCUAGUCAGUGGAUCUAAGGACCGAUUCUCUGUAUUUCAUUGUCACUGAAAGUUGAAUGCCCAGAUCUCCUGAAAACCAUGGCUGCAAGGCUUAAUGUAGAAAUGUGUUUCUCACUGCAGUUGUUAUUAUAAUUUCCUUUAUGAAAGACAUCCAUGGAGAAUUAUUUCUCUCUAAUUUCAUUGUUGUAUACAUGUCAAUAGAUACUUCAGAGUGGGGCUCAAAUAAUUUUCUUACUUGCACAAGUGGAG